AUGCACCGGCGAUGGCAAUUAAAAUUUAUAAUGAAACUAGCUGACUCGGCGAACUUCGUACCGCCCAAAAGUUUUGGUGCACAUUUGGUUCACUGGUUUGCUAGUAAUAUUAUAAUAAGAAUUAUUGACAUUUAUAUAGUUGAGUUUGUUCGCGUUAAGCCAUCAGUCGCUACACAGCCUCCGAACUGGACGGACGCUUACCGACAACAAAACAAAAUGGCGGACCAAAUUCAAGGACUGCUCGAGCCCGGGAAGAUUAUAAGGCCCAUAAUCGACCACGAAGGUGUCAAACUCCUUGUCGAGAGACUGUAUGGCAUCUCAGUGCUGGAGUUAAGUGAACUCAAUGGCUAUGACGAUAAGAACUACAAGAUUGUUGAGGACCCAAACGUGAAGAAUCCAUUGAUAACCAACCACAGUCCUCAUGGGUACGUGCUGAAGAUUAUGAACUCUAUGGACUCGCUGAAUGUCAGCGUGGUGGAAGCGCAAAAUGAGAUUAUGAACUUUUUGAACGCCAGAUCAGUGACAUGUCCGAAGCCCGUCCGCAAUGUGUAUGGACACCUUCACUCCGUGGAGACCAUCGGCGGCAAGCAGCACGCUGUGCGCCUGCUGGAAUACGUUCCAGGGGAGCUGCUCAAGAACGUACCCUUGGGAGAACCACUGCUGUAUCAGCUAGGAGAAUUCGUGGCUUAUUUGGAUAAUAAGCUGCAGAACUUCAACCAUUCGGGUCUGGUGUCCCGCCAGCACAUCUGGAUGCUGACUACGGUGCCUCAUCUGGAGAAGUUCAAGUACGUGAUCAAGGACGCUGAGAAACUAGAUUUGGCCGAGGAGGUAUUAGAAGAGUUCAAAUACGCCAUAGUACCUCGCCUGGAGGAGUUGGAGCGAGGGGUGAUCCAUGGGGACGUUAAUGAAAUGAACAUCCUUGUCAGUCCAAAACCUGGAUGCAGGUAUGUGAACGUAGAUAACUUUUAGGAAGGCCUAAAGGGAUUUCCCCGAUCUUUCCACCGAGCCAAUUUCUUUAGCGUGAUGUAGGCUUUCCUUACUAUUGAGUGCGCCACCAGUAGCGCCAUAUCUUAAAAAAGCGAGUGAAUCCAUCCCCCAUUAGUUAAGGGACGUGGGGUGAAGAUGUCGCCACCACAAACUUGACAGACUUUCUUGUGAACUUUAAU